GCUUUUGAAUGGAGUUCCACCAAACAUGGCUUAACGAAAGCUAAAGCCCCUCCCAAACAGGCCCUGGAUUCUCUCCGCGACUUCGACGGUGACUACAUUCUUCUACCAAAGCGUGUAUAUUGCUUCUUCUGACUGACGUUCCAUUGAACUUACUCCCAGUACAAGGGUUCUUAUUUCCCUCCACCCCCACCUCUCUCUCUCUCUCUCAUUUAGAAAUCAACCAGCGGUUUGUAAAACAUGAAGUGAAUAAACCCAAAAAACAAGGUUUUACUCUUGAUGAAAGAAAUGGCAGAACCAAUUUGCAGAGUUUUGCGAGAUGGAGCAUUGGAGGGAGAGCAUGCUCCUGCUCUGAUGAUAAAGGACUCUAUGCACAGUGCUUUUGGACUUGAUGUCUUCAAUCAUAUUCUUUGUUCUCUUGCCUCAAACAUAUCUGCUGGAAAAUCGCAAGCUCGAGGUCUUGUGCUCGUUUCAUUAAAUCGACAUCCGUCAUUCUACACUGAUUUGUUAAAGAGUAGAGGAAUUGGUGUUGCCUCGUCCAAUAAAUUGAUUCAGAUUGUGGACUGUUAUUCUGAUCCUCUUGGCUGGAAGGAUCGGCUUCUGGACCCUGGAUGCAUUACCAAGCUUUCUCCAAAAGCUACAGGUACUCUUUGCAAGGAUAUCAGGGAUCUAGACAAGCUGCUCUCCGUAAUCCUUGAACUUGGGAAUGGAUUGGUUGGAGUUGGACAAGGAAAAAUCCACUUCUCAGUUGCUAUAGACUUGGUCACUGUAAUUAUAAGGCAUACAUCUCUGCAGUCAGUCUCACGCCUUAUAAGCAACUUACGCAGCCAUGACCAAGUUUCAAGUGUAUUUUGGUUGAUCCAUUCAGACCUUCAUGAGAUGAAGGCUAUAGCAGCUCUUGAAUAUAUGUCUUCUAUGGUUGCUAAUUUAGAGCCAAUUGGUCAAUCACCAAAUGAACAGAGAGGACAUUUUGAGAAGCUUUUGUGGACUGAACAAAAUUCUAAUAAAGGAAAGUUCCAUGUUCGGUUCAAGCGUAGGAAUGGAAGAGUUAAAUUGAUGUCUGAAGAAUUUCUUGUGGAGCAAGGAGGCAUUAAGUUCAUUACUGUUUCUUCGGGAAAUGGGAUGAUUGAUCAAAGCCUUUUACCGAAGGUGCAGUUCAAUCUCCAGCUAUCAGAGAAGGAACGGGUUGACAGGGCAAAGGUUGUACUUCCAUUCGAACACCAAGGAAACGGUAAAUCCAUGCAGAUUUAUGAUGGUCGAAGAUCUCUCACAGAGGGCCAUAAUAAUCUGAGUACACCAGCUUCAACCACUACAAAAAUUCAUACAGAAGCUGAUUGUGGCAAGGGCGAGAUACACUAUAUUCGUGAUUCAGAUGAUGAGAUGCCAGAUUCAGACGAGGACCCAGAUGAUGAUUUGGACAUAUAAAUCCACCCUCCUGCUGGGGAACUCUCUGAUGAUCUGGAGGUUUCUAUUAUGUUGUAUGAUGAGAAGAUACGUUCACCUGAAAGGGGUUUCUAUUCACACAUGCUAGAUAGCUAGAAACCUGCAAGUUUAUUGCUUUUCUCUUUCCAGAAGGGAAAGAGUUCCUAGAUGCAACUGCUCGAGUUUCUUUGGGAAGCCUUUUGAAUAGAAGGGGACUCAACUUCUUGAUUUGAGUCUUACCUGAAGAAAAGCAAGCUUACUUGAUUUGUUUCUACACCUUUUGAGGUUAACAGGUUUGAUUUAUGUUACUCUUUGUGAAGGAUUUAUGCUUAAGCUAAUUUAUGCUCAGGUGGCAUAAUGAAAUGGAGUUGUUCAUUUGAUGGCAAAGUGCUUCAGAUGUCUUUUGAAAUUCUAGUUCAAUGUAUCGUAUGGGACUUCAGACAUCUUUUGACGACUGACGGCUAAGGGCUCGAAUUAUUCAUUUGAUUGAUGGUUUUGGAUGAGACUUGAGAGUAUAUCUUUGUUCUACUUUUUUA